AUGCAGGCAAGGCGAGAAGAACUUCUCGCUAAGAAGGCGAGGCUCGCAGAGAUCAAGCGCCAGCGGGAGUUAAGGGCCCAGCAGGCUGCCGGCCGGAGCAUAACCCCCAGCGAGCUGGUCUCUCCGACACCCAGUCGAGCCAACAGCCGCCGCGAGAUCGAGUCUCUGAUCGACAGCAUCCUCUCGAGUUCAGCCGGCGCCAACUCGCCGAGACGGGGCAGUCGGCCGAACAGCGUCAUUAGCACUGGCGAGCUCAGCACCGACAAUGCCUCCGAAAUCACAGCAACAACCACCGGCCAACUGCCUUCGCAGCCCCAGCCCCUAUCGACGGUGCCGCUCCAGACUGUCUAUGAGUGCCCACCAUCGCCGGUGAAGGAGAUUAUUUCCUACAGUAAGGGCGUGCAGACGACCGAGGAGUGGACGCCCCGCAAGUCGCGUGGCGUGGGUGACUCUGACGAUGAGGACCUGGGUGCCGCGGCGUCGCCUAGCAAGCGGCUAAGCAGGAGGGAGCGCGAUCGCGAGGAAGAGCUGCGCGAGAAGAUCAGGAAAGAGAUUGAGGAGGAGCUCAAGGCGACGAAGGAGCUCGUGGCCGAUGGCGUGCUUAAGCAGUCAGGGGCCCAGAAUUUCCCCGUCCGGGCCCUCACUGCCGAAGAGCUGGAUGCAGUGACCAAGUCGGUCGAGUUCAUGGACUUCAUUGACCGGUCGACCAAGGUCAUCGAGAAGGCCCUGGAUCAGGAGUACGACAUUCUCACUGAUUACACGCUGCAAGUACACGACGUUGAGGAUGAGGAUGAGCAGAGCGGCAACGUGGGCGGCAAGGGUCGCAGGAAGGUCAGAGAGAUUGCGCAAUUCUACGACGAGCGGUGGUCCAAGAAGCGAAUGAUAAGCUCAAUCGACUUCUCCCCCAAGUUCAGCGAGCUGCUCCUGGCUUCCUACACUAAGAACCCCACGGCUCCCCACGACCCAGACGGUAUCGUCCAGGUCUGGAACCUUCAUCUCCACGACCGGCCCGAGUUCGUCUUCCACGCCCAAUCCGACAUCCUCACCGCCAAGUUCUCCCCCUUCCAUCCCAACCUCAUCAUCGGCGGCGCCUACAGCGGCCAGGUCCUGCUCUGGGACACGCGCGCGCGGUCCGCCCCGGUGCAAAAAACCCCGCUUACCGGCUCCGGCCACACCCAUCCCGUCUACUGCAUCGACAUCGUCGGCACGCAAAACGCGAACAAUAUCAUAUCCUGCUCGACCGACGGCGCCGUCUGCGGCUGGAGCGUCGACAUGCUUGCCCAGCCCCAAGAAUCCCUCACCCUCCUCGCCCCCUUACCCGCAAAAUCCGAGGACCUCUCCCCGACUUGCAUGGCCUUCCCCCAGGCCGACCCAACGUUCUUCCUUGUCGGCACCGAAGAGGGCACCAUCUACCCCUGCCACCGGUACGACCGGGCCGGCGCGAAAGCUGGCGUCGAUCCCCGCGUCAGUUAUCGCGGCCACGCUGGCCCCGUCAUGUCCGUUGCGUUUCAUCCCGCCCGUGGACCCGUCGAUCUCGGCGAUCUGGUGUUAUCCUCCUCCCUCGAUUGGAGCGUCAAGCUCUGGAAGGUUCGCGCGCCCGCCGCGACGUCGGGUGUCCUCUCCUCGGGGUCCGUCACCUCCCCCUCGGCAGCAGCGGCAGCAGCCGCCGCCGCAGCCGCCGUCACGGCCCCGCUGCCGGGCAGCACGACCGGCUCACUAGACUCCCAGGUCACGCCCCUGCUGGACCUGGUCCGCGAAGACGUCGUCUACGACGCGGCCUGGUCGCCCAUCAAGCCCGGCGUGUUUGGCCUCGUCGACGGGGCAGGCACGCUCGAGAUAUGGGACAUCACCGUCGAGACGGAGGAGCCCGUUGCUCGGGUCGUGCCGACGCCUCGGAAGGAUAGGGGUGCUCUGUUGGGGAUGAAGAGUCUGAAUAAGGUUGCUUGGGAGCCGAGUGAGGGGAAGAGGUUGGCUACUGGGGGGUUGGAUGGAGUGGUGAGUAUGUUUGAGGUUGGGCCGGAUCUGGGGGGCAAGGAGGGGUUGAGGAAUGAGGAUUGGGGGACGGUAAAGAAGCUGGUAAAUAGGCUUGAGGCGGGGGGCAGUGUGGAUGGAGUUGGGAUGUAG